UGUCCUUUACCCUAAGGUUGAUGGGGGACCAUUUGGAAAAUUGUCACUCCUGCCUUCUCUCAGCUACCGCAGCUUUGAGAACAAUUUUCAGCUACCUAAGGCUCUGUUGAUAAAACUUAAAAGAAUAAACUACACCUGAGUGUGCAUGAUAGUUAUAGAGCAACUCAUACAUGGCUCCUCCAACUCCAAGAAGAGUUGCAACUGUGGACCUAAAGAAGAAACCAGGGGAGCAGAUGCAACCCCUUCACAACCGUUGGCAUCCAGAGAUACCACCGGUGGCUGAGGUCAAGUCGGGUGAGGUAUUCACAAUAGAGAUGCUAGAUUGGACAGGAGGUGCAAUCAAAGAUGACAAUUCUGCUGUUGAUAUAAAAAUUUUAGACCUAUCAGUUGUACACUAUCUUAGUGGACCAAUCAAGGUCACUGACGCAGAUGGGAUUCCAGCCAAGCCAGGUGAUCUUCUUGCAGUUGAAAUUUGCAACUUGGGUCCCCUUCCUGGCGAUGAAUGGGGCUUCACUGCAAUAUUCGAUAGAGAGAAUGGCGGAGGAUUUCUGACUGACCAUUUUCCAAAUGCAACUAAAGCUAUUUGGUACUUUGAAGGAAUAUAUGCUUACUCUCCUCAUAUACCAGGAGUAAGGUUUCCAGGUUUAACCCACCCUGGAAUAAUAGGAACCGCGCCCUCCAUGGAACUCCUUACUAUAUGGAAUGAAAGAGAGAGAACCCUUGAAGAAACUGGUCUUCAUUCUCUGAAAUUAUGUGAGGUAUUGCAUGCACGACCACUGGCAAACUUACCAUCAACCAAAGGCUGCGUUCUUGGCAAGAUUCAAGACGGAACACCUGAAUGGGAAAAGAUUGCUCGGGAAGCAGCAAGGACUAUUCCUGGAAGAGAAAAUGGAGGGAAUUGUGACAUCAAAAACCUGAGCAGAGGUUCAAAAGUUUACCUUCCAGUCUUCGUAGAAGGAGCAAAUCUGAGUACUGGAGAUAUGCACUUCUCCCAAGGUGAUGGGGAGGUGGCAUUCUGCGGGGCAAUUGAGAUGAGUGGUUUUCUAGAACUCAAAUGUGAGAUCAUAAGAGAUGGCAUGAAACAGUACCUCACUCCUAUGGGGCCUACUCCCCUGCAUGUCAAUCCUAUAUUUGAGAUAGGCCCUGUUGAACCAAGGUUUUCUGAAUGGUUGGUGUUUGAGGGCAUCAGCGUGGAUGAAAGUGGGAGACAACACUUCCUUGAUGCCAGCGUUGCUUAUAAACGAGCAGUGCUGAAUGCAAUUGACUACAUCUCAAAAUUCGGGUACACUAAGGAGCAGGUCUACCUUCUACUCUCAUGCUGUCCAUGCGAAGGAAGGAUUUCGGGAAUAGUCGAUUCCCCCAAUGCUCUGGCCACCCUUGCAGUUCCAACUGCUAUUUUUGACCAGGAUAUCCGUCCCAAAGCCAACAAAGUGCCUGCUGGACCUCGGGUUGUCAGGUAUCCAGGUAUACCACAGUGUCCUUAUGAAGGAAACUUGCCAACCACAAAAAAUCCUGGUGCUACAGUUUAAUUGCCACAAUAAAAGCAGCAUCUUCGUGGAAGCGUUAUUUGAGAAGUUAGAAAAUGUUUCAGUAUGUUUAAUGUGCAAGCAGAGACAGAAUUUGGAGACUCUUACAUGAAAGAAGCAUCUUUAAGGGCAUGAUAUACAGGCCCAAAGAGCUUUCAUCAAACC